CAUCCAAAUACUUUAGUUGACUGAGUGAGUACACUAAGGGAGAAGGGUCCUGCGUGUGCUUGAGAGAGCCAGUGACUUUCUUGGGAGUGCUUUGACUCUGUCUGUCUGUCCCAGGAGAGGAGGAGGGCGAUGAGCUGUCCUGCUAAAGCUCUGGAGGGCUGAUUGUUCCCCACCUCAUCGAAUCUCUGUGCCUGACUGUGUGAACUGACCCUCCAGUCUUCCUCAACAGCACAUCUUAUCUGAUUCUGCAGCUCUCUGUCCGAAGCUGCCAGCACCAUGAGCUCAUCUGGAGCAAACCUCCACAACAAGCGUCUACCCUGGUGUCAUGUCCUUCCACCUGGAACAAGCAGACAAGGGGGAAGAAAUUAACCUCACUACUCAAAUUUCAGUGCUGAUUCAAGUUGCUGAAGCGGAGACCGAGCAUGCUCAGAGGGUCCCAGGAAUGGACGUAGCCCAGCAGAUGAAACUGAGAGAGCGACAGCGCUUCUUUGAGGAGGUCUUUCAGCACGAUGUGGAUGUCUACCUGUCCUCUGCCCACUUGCAGAUUCAUGACUAUAAGAGACCUCCCAUUGGCAGUGUCUCGUCCAUGGAGGUUAAUGUGGACAUGCUGGAGCAGAUGGACCUCAUGGACAUCUCUGACCAGGAAGCACUGGAUGUCUUCCUCGGCUCUGGGGGGGAUGAGGGGGUGCUGGCCUCCCCUCUGCCAGGUAAAGUAGUUCAUGGCAACAACAACAACGAUAAGGUAAUCAACCAGGGACGCUCUCUCCUCUACACUGACGGUUGUGAUGGGAAGUUCCGAAUGUCCUCCACCUCCUCCACUAACAGCCAGAACACCAAUGAGGACAGACGGGACACCCAAGUCGUCCAAUCAGAUGAUGAAGAUGUGCAUGUCGACACAGUCUUGCUGAUGGGAUCACCCCCAGGGAAAGAUGAGGAGAAGGAUCAGUCUAUCCUCUCUUCUUAGGCGCCUUCCUUCACUUUCAAUAUUCAGUAACAUUUUGGACUUACUGAUUCUUACAAGUAUCACUUAAACUGGACACUCACAAACAGAUGUCUUCCAUCGACUGGCAAGGCAACUGACACUUUCCACAGCCUUUUCUUUACUCUUCAUUUUGUUUUGCCUGAACUGUACAUAAAAAGCCAAAUCUUCUCCAAGCUUGCUUAUCUCCAUUUAUACUUCUGGCAUGUAGACGACAGGACAUUUCUUUGUAUUUCCUCAUUUAGCAUCCUAUUACGAUCUGGCAAUGUGUGGUACUCUUUUGGGAAGGACAUUUUUGUGUGUAAGCAUGCUUUACUAUACUACAGAUCAGAACAACUGAGUGUUAGUAAAAAGUACGAUUCUGUAUUAACCAGGUUGAAAUAAAGGUUGAAUAAUUUCUAAAAUAAA